CUGCAAUCCCAUACUCCGUAUACCAUGCCCUUCCAGGUUUGCAACCAGCCUCUCCUCCACACUACUGCCACUACCGAACCCUUAGGCCUGCCGUCGCCUGUUUCCUCUCCAAAUACCAUGGCCAAACAAACAGCAAGAUCCUAUCCGGAUCCCUGACACGCCCAUAGGCCGCGGCGUAUCUCACCUCACUCCCACCCCGGUUCCAAUCAAUCUCGGGUCCCCUCGUCUCCCUCCUCUCUCCGCUGGACAAAGUGCUACUCCAGCUCUGAAGAGUCUGUAGUAUCAGUCGCGCGACCAAAUCAGAGCCGUUGUAACUGGUGGCUGUCGAAUGCAUUGCCGCUAUCAACCCCUCUCAUCAAUCCAAUGCUGCUGUCGCGCCGUCCGUCGUGUAAUUGUUGUUCGAAUCUGAUCGUCGGUUGCUCAUGAACAUCGACUACUUUAACACCCUUCGUCCCCGGUCCUUGACCACGAACUCCUCCAGAGUGCACGCGACACUCAAGGCUCCGCGACCAACGGCCGCACCAGACUCCACUAGGAUCUUGCCCCGAGACAUACCCCGGCCUGCACCACUCUCCACUUCACACGACCCUUAGCAUAUAAUCCUCGAGCCUCACUGCUCUUCCAAUCCCUCAUCCGGCGCAGGUCUCGUCAACUCGUCCUCGCGCACGUGUCCUCCUUCCUCCUUUCCCUUUCCUCAACUCUCUAAGAUGUCUGAGGGCAUCAAUAAUGAAAAGAUGGCCACAACGUCUGCCGGAUCCGCUGGGACUGAUACUCCGCCGCCAGAGGCUGUGGUCGGAGAAGAUGUCAAGCCUAGGGGUAAACCCUGGAUGUACAAGAGGUUGAAACUUGGGCCCAUUACCAUUCCCGCCUAUGCCAGUCCUCAAUUCCAGAUCGUCUUCGUUGCGCUGGUUUGCUUCCUGUGCCCCGGCAUGUUCAACGCAGUCAAUGGCCUCGGUGCCGCUGGGCAGGUCAGCGCCCACGAUAUCAACAAUGCCAAUACCGCACUUUACUCCAUGUUUGCCGGUGUCGGUUUCUUUGCAGGCAGCAUCGCCAACAGGCUGGGGCUCCGACUGACGCUGGCCCUGGGAGGCGUCGGAUAUUGUAUCUACAUUGCCUCGAUUUUGACAUACAACCACAACCAAAAUGCGGGCUUCCUGAUCUUUGCCGGGGCCCUGUUGGGUCUCUGUGCCGGCAUGCUCUGGUGCGCGCAGGGUGCCAUCAUGAUGGCAUACCCUCCGGAACGAUCAAAGGGUCGUUAUAUUGCCGUCUUCUGGAUGAUCUUCAACUUGGGCGCCGUUAUUGGCGGCUUGAUCCCCCUGGCCCAGAACAUCCAUUCCAAAGCCAAUUCGGUCAACGACGGAACCUACAUUGCUUUCAUUGUUUUGAUGGCAGUUGGCCUGAUCCUGGCAGGUUUCCUGUGCAACCCUCUCCUCGUCGAGCGAUCCGACGGCUCUCGGGUCAUCCUGAUGAAGCACCCAACCUGGAAGUCGGAACUGCUCGGUCUGGUCGAGACACUCACCUCGGACUGGUAUCUUUUGUUCCUGUUCCCCAUGUUCUUUGCCAGCAAUUGGUUCUACACCUACCACUUUCAGGACGUCAACCUGGCCAGGUUCACCAUUCGAACACGAGCACUCAACAGUGUCUUGUACUACUUGGCCCAGAUUGUCGGAGCCUGGGUUUUCGGGUUCGCUCUGGAUACGACGUACUUGCGACGCAGCACGCGUGCCAAGCUCGCAGUGGUGGCGCUGUUCGUGCUCACCUUUGUCAUCUGGGGCGGCGGCUAUGACUUCCAGAAGCAAUAUACUCGUGAGGAAGUCUCUGCCGAUGACUAUGUCAAGCUCGAUUGGACCUCUUCGGGCUAUGUGGGUCCCAUGUUCCUGUACAUGUUUUAUGGUUUCUACGAUUCGGUGUGGCAAACCACUGCUUACUGGCUUAUGGGCUCGUUGACAAACAACGGCCGGAAACUCGCCAACUUCACCGGCUUCUACAAGGGCAUCCAAUCCGCCGGUGGCGCCAUCUCUCCUGUUCUCGACUCGCACAAGGUGGCCUACAUGACCCAGUUUGCCAUCAACUGGGGUAUGCUGGCGGGUUCCCUGGUCGUCGCCGCUCCGGUCAUUUGGCUCAAGGUCAAAGAUACUACUGAUAUCGACGAAGACUUGAAGUUCAGCGACGAGACUCUGGUUGAUGUCGUCCCCGCCAGCGCCUUUGUCGGUCCUGAAGGUAUGAUGGGCGAGAAGAUCGAGGCAAAGGUCGUUCGCUAGAGUUUUGACACCGCAUCACCACAAUACCACAAUGGGGUGGGUGGAAGGCGUGACAUAUGCGAACUGAACUGCUUUUGUGUCUCUCUGUCUGUCUGCCUGUCUGCAUAUAAUCUUGAGUCUUUAGGUUUAGGGGCGUGUGUGAGCGUGCGAGCGUGUAAGCGUGGGGCUUGGCUUGGUAAAGGUAGCUGCCUACCUAGCUGUUUGUGCGACCUUGCACACUGACAUGGACUGGCAUCACCUGCUUAUGGCGACCUCAGUCCAUGCCGAUGCCGGCAGGGUGAUCAUAAAGUGUGUACAUCGAAUGCACCGAUGAGAGUUUCUUUCUUUUUCCAGCCCAAGUGCGAAUGCGGCGAUACCAGUACCAGUACUUUCCACAUUCGAGAAGCGUUGAGCGAUAGCGAUAGCAGCAGUGAUUGUGAUAGCGAUAGGAAUCAGCGGAUACCCCAAUACUCGGCUUUGUAUGACAGGUUCGGAUUGCAGUGACAGUCAACUUCACAUUGAGGUUCCUUUUCCUCUUUGUCUUUCCGUCUUGAUUGUCACAUGAAUACUUGCUACGAUACUUAUCUGCAGGAAGACUUACUGCUCGCACUUUGAAA